AUGGCGAUGUUAGGUGCACAGCAAGUUCAAGCAGCAGCUUGUACUCCUGAUAUUGUUGGGAAUGCAUUUGUGCAUCAGUAUUAUUACAUACUUCAUCAAUCCCCUCAGCAUGUUCACAGAUUCUACCAAGAGAUUAGCAAGUUUGGCCGGCCUGAAGAGAAUGGUGUAAUGAGCAUCACUUCCACCUUGCAAGCUAUUGACAAGAAGAUACAGGCGCUUGGUAUUGGUGUAAUCAAUGCUGAGAUAGCAACUGUGGACACACAAGAGUCUUAUGGCGGUGGUUUUCUCGUACUGGUUACUGGGUAUUUGACUGGGAAAGAUGGUGUGAGGAGGAGGUUUACUCAGACCUUCUUCCUUGCUCCACAGGAGACUGGGUACUUUGUCUUGAAUGAUAUUUUCCGAUACUUUGAUGAACCCACAAUCGUACAUGGGACUCAGAGUCCGGAGAAUAACAUCCAAGCUCCUGUCAGCGUUCACCAGGAUCCAGCUGCGGGUCAGGACAAUGCAGAUGAUUUUGUUCAGGAGAAAUAUGUGCAAGAGAAUCAUGCUGUUGAGCAGUCCGAUGUGUUGUCAAAGAGCAUUAAUGUUCCUGAAGUUUUUACUCCCUCUGAAGAUGCACAAGUAUCUGUGACAGAAGAAGCUCCAGUUGAUGUGCAGAAAGUCGAAGAAUCUGAUUCUAGGACUGGCGAAGCUCCAAAGAGAUCUUAUGCAUCCAUUGUGAUGGUUAUGAAAGAGAAUGCUGCGCCGAAGUCUGCUUUAAAAAUGCCAACUAAGUUGGUGGAACCAAAGAGACAAGAAGAGCAAGCCAUUCAUAUACCUCUCCCAACACCUUUGGCUGAGAAAUCAGAUUCAGGAGCAAAUGAAGCUGUGAAUGGGAACGAACAAGAUAAAGAAAGAUCUCCAGGUCCAUCCAUCUAUCUAAAAGGCUUGCCGCUUGAUGCAACACCAGCCUUGCUCGAGAAUGAGUUCCAGAAGUUUGGACUUAUUAGGACCAACGGAAUUCAAGUAAGAAGCCAGAAGGGAUUCUGUUUUGGUUUUGUUGAGUUUGAAUCCGCAAGUUCCGUGCAAAGCGCAAUCGAGGCAUCACCUGUCGUACUCAAUGGGCAGAAAGUAGUUGUCGAGGAAAAACGAUCUACAAGAGGCAAAGGACGGUCAGGGUUUGGUGUAGGAACAGGGUACAGAUACGAAGGUAAUAGGGGACGUGGGAGCUUUGGAGGUGGAAGAGGAGGAGGAGGAGGCUAUGGUCGUGGGAGCUUUGGAAAUGGAAGAGGAGGAUAUGGAAACCGAACAAAUGGUGACGGUAGUGGAUUCUCGAGGGUCAAUGGUAAUCAUGGGCGUGUAAGACGUGGUGGUGGAAUUGAUGCUAACGGAGGUACUAAACCUGUGACUGCUCCUCAUGUGUCUGUCACUGCGUAAAUGUGCGUUUCAAGCAAAAAAAAAGGCUAGAAUUGUUUUAGAGUUUAGGCUAUAGAGCUACCACUAAAUAACUACUAUCAUUCUAUUUUUCCCUGCUCGCCCAUUUUGUCAAUUUGGAAUUACAAACUUAAGAUUCAGGCGGGUGUUUCGUCCUAAUUUCUUGCAAGGUUUGGACAAUAAACCGAAACUGCCAAAGCCGGUAGCUUGGUCUGAUAUGCUGAGUUAGUGCAUGUUUACAAAGUAUUUGUCAGCCAACAGAGAAGUUUUCUAUCCGAGAGUCUUUCAUCAUAUGAGAACUG